AGUGACUAGAGUUCCAGCGCUAUUCCAAACUGGAGGCUUUUUAUUGAGAUGUUAGGAUUUCAUGGUUUGGUGUAAAUCCGUUUGUUUUGGGCUGAAAAAUAAAUCUCAAACUGCAAUGAACCAAGUGUAUAUUUGAAAUCAGAGUGAGUUAUGUAUACUUAGAGGAAAUACUUUCUAUAAUAUAUUUUAUACCAGUCAAAAUAAACGAAUAUGCAUGAAGAGCUCAAUAAAAUAGAAUCCUUUCUUAAAGGUGAUUCUGCAGUGAAUAGACAAUUAAGCUCAAAAGCAUGGCUCAAUAUAUAUGGGUUAAACACCAAUAAAAUCGAUAGGUCAUCCGUUUUACAGAACAUUGGAUUCCCAGUGAGAGGAGAAUAUCAUCAUUCUCUGGGAAAAUACAUUAAAUCAUGUUACGGUGACAAUCUGUUUGUAAGGAUGACGAAUGAUAGGACUGGAGACGUCUAUAAUGUUAUUGCUAAGAAAGGCUACAUUAAACAACUAAAGAUGAAGAUUAUGCAAGCUGUAGAUCUCUAUCGCAAUCGUCUUACUUGGCUUACUUCUGGGAGUCGAUCGAUAUUUGGUGUUAUCCAAGAGCGUUCGGCAGUUUUUCUUUUGGACAUUAAGACUCAGUCUCUGGAAAUAUUCUCCAAUUUUGUUAAUUCCCUAGGGUAUUUGAUAUCGGAACAGGUAGCAAAUAUGAUGAUGGUCAACAUGAUCAGAUGUCAAGAUGAACCUUAUUUUUUUUCAGAAGAAUUGGUAUCUGUGGACACCUCUACACUGAAGAAUCUGUUAGAGUGGAUAAACAAACUAGAACGUCUCUCGCCCUUCAGUUCGAACUGUACAACGGAUUGCAUUUUAAGGAUAGGCCAGUUUAAAAAGAGUUUCGAAUCAGUGUAUUUAAUCACUGAAGGUGAAUCAACAAUGACGUCACCGCAACUACUUGAAAAUAUUGUCAAAAAUAUGAAACAUCCACUUCAUAUUGUAUCUUAUUGUUGUGAAGAUAUGAAAACAAUAGACUAUUUGCACAAUUUAUGCACUUAUACUGGUGGACGAUUUCAUGCUUAUUGCAUCAAUACACAUAUUCCAUUAUAUUCACCAAGCUGUUGGGAUGUAGAACAAUUUCAACAAACAAUUCGUGUUAACAAAGUUGAAUGUGGUGGUCCACCUAAAGGUUGGGGUCAACAUGAAGAUUGUGUAUUAAUAUUUGAAGAGUUAGAAGAAGCUCGAUCUUUAUUACAACGUAUCGAAGAAGUACUACAUGAUGUUGAUCGUAUACCUGAUGAGGUACUCAAAGACUCUAAUUCUGAGUGUAGUCAACCUGCACCUAUAACAAGUAGUUGUGAAUUCGGCUGGAAACGUGAAGAGUAUAUGUCAUCAAAAGAAUGGUUAAGUAUUUAUGGUUUAAAAGCUCAACAUUUGGAUUUCUAUGAUUUAUUAGUUAGUGUUUCAUUUAAACACUGUGAUGGAGUUGUAAAUGUUUUGAAGCCCCCAUUAAAUGUUAGUAACAAUGAUGCAAUGGAAAGAGAAUGCAAUAAGAUUUAUGAUGAUUUUGGAAAAUCCAAUCAUUCGGAACCAAAUUCGAAUGAUUCUUCACAAAUAUGGUCUUCAAGUGCAAUUAUUCAACCAAAGUUGAUCAAUGCUCAAUAUUGUAGCAAUUUUGUACAUGUUCGAUGGAAAAACGGUAAUAUAGUUCAUGUGCAAAUUACACCUGAAAUGUAUCGUUCAUACUCUCAACGUAUGCAUUCUAGAUUAAAUGCUAUUAAACAUCGUUUAGAUCUAUUAAGACAAGGUUCAAGGGAAUUAUUUGGAACCAUAACAGAAGAUAAUGUAUAUAUUUUAAUUGAUACCAGUACAUCAAUGUUAUCUUGUAUAAAAUUUGUUAAAGAAAAAUUGUUACAAUUAAUUUAUGAACAGUUGAAAUUUAAAAAUCGUCUUAAUUUUAUUUCAUUCAAUUCAAAUGUUAAUGCAUGGCAUAAUCAUUUACAAAGUACAACUGAAUGUAAUUUAAAGUCUGCAAUAAAAUGGAUUGAAAAAUUAACAUGUGGUGGUACGACAAAUACAUUAAAAGCACUUCAAUUCGCUUUGGAAGAUAAUUUAACUGAAGGAAUUUAUUUAUUAACAGAUGGUCGACCAGAUCAACAAACGCAUACUCUUCUACUUAGUAUGCAAUUGAAUAAUCGUGUACCUAUACACACAAUCAGUUUUAACUGUAAUGAUCCUGAAGCAAACGAAUUUCUGAUUCGACUAGCUCAAGAAAGUGGUGGACGUUUUCAUUAUUAUAAUGAAUUUCCAAAUAAUAUAAAUAAACCAAAACAAUGGGAGAGUGAAGAUGUUAGAUUAUUAGAAAACGAAUAUCAGCUUGGUUUAGAUAAUUUAGAAAAAUUAGCUCAAUUAAAAGAUGAAUGUUAUUUAUUACGUAUGAAAGCGAAUAAUGAAAAAGCCACAUUAAUUCAUUCAAAAAAUAAAAAUAAACAAUUAAAAUUAACUGAAAAAAAUCAAUACAUCUUAUCAAAUAAAUCACAAACUAUUAAUAAUUCAACAGAUACGAUAAGUUCUGAAAUAGAUUCAGUUUGUUCAGAAAAACAGAAACAAUCUAAAUGGAAUACUACAACUACCUCUAUUAUUUCUACCAUCACCAAUAAUCCAGCUGAAUUUGUACGCUAUCCAAUAGUUUUAACUAAUCAUUCGAAUAUAGUUAAGCAACAAAAGUCUACAGUAAAAAAGAAAUCUAUUGAGAAAAUGUUCAAUGCAGAUACUUAUUAUCCAAAUUUACAAAAUUUAUAUAAAACGUCUUUGGAUGAGAAAGAUUUUCUACUGUAUGAAACUAAACAAUUACUAGAAAGACAAAGUCAGCGGUUCAAUAAGGCUAUAACAGACGAAAUCCUUCUCAAUAAAACAAAGCAGAAAGUCAGUCCAAGUGAGGGGUCAGACAUAAUUUAUACAAUUCCUAACUGGUUAUCUAAUCAUGGUCUAACUGCAAAAAAGCUUCGUUUAACUGAUCUCUUAAAAUCAUUCACAGUUCGCUUACGUCCAACAUAUAUACCAGCAUUAAGACAUCAUGUUGUAUCUGAAGUAUUAAAACAAACCCUACCAAUAGCAUAUGUGAAUAGAAAAAAAUCUACAAAAUCCCCUGAGAUUCAUUUAUUCAAUCCAUUGGCAAUUAAUUUUGAACGAUAUGAAAAAGAUCUAAGAAAUGCAUUAUUCCUAAUUGAGAAAAAACUAAUUGAAAUAAUAUUUGAAUAUAUCGAUAAUGAUUCUUUAAAUAAUCUGCGUAAAGAUGUUAAUCUUGAUAAGUAUACAAAGUGGCGGUCAAAACUAUGUUGGUAUCAAGAUUAUGCGAAUAUUUUGAAAACUUUUGAAAAGAAUAACUGGCCAUUUCCUCAAAAUGAAUUUAAUUUACUAACAAAUGAACUUGAUAUGGGACAAAAAUAUUUGAAUGAAGCGAAACAUUUGAAAAAUUCAGGAAAUUCGCAUCGAUCAUAUAGAACUUUGAAGCAGAUGAACUCGAUAUUUAGUGAUCGUGCACCAUGUGGCCAUCCUUAUAGAAUUCAUCACUGAAAAAUAAAUAAAAUAUAUUAUCGUCAGAAUAUAUAAACACAUUACAGACCUUUUCACCGGCUAACUUUUUAAACAAUGUGCUCAGUAUUAUUAUUACGAUUAUUGUUUUAAUGUUGAUGAUCCAUUUUGUGAAAUCCGUUCUGUUACAAAUUAAGAUUCAGCUUAUGAAAUAUUUAAAGAUAUAUCAUGUAAGCAAGCUAAUUGCGUAGAUCAGUUUUCUUACUCAUGAUUUGUCUUAUAUUUAUUGUAUGAAUUUUAUAUUUGUUAGUUUCUCAACUGUUUUGUUUUCGCCAAUAUACUGGAUUAUUUUAUUUUGUCAUAUAGAUUUAAAUGAAUUAUUUUAUUAU